GACCUCCGACGACCACCGCUGGCUCUCUCCCCACGACUCCACCAAGAAGAACCCCGUCCGGGAGGAGAAUUGCAACGGAGAGAUGCAAGGCUGGGAGAGGGAUAAGUGCAAGGCCGACGUCCUGAACCACCCUCUGUACGACCAGCUGCUGGCGGCUCACGUCUCCUGCCUCAGAAUCGCCACCCCCGUCGACCAGCUCCCCAGAAUCGACGCUCAGCUCGCCCAAUCCCAAAGCGUCGUCUCUAAGUACUCCCUUCUAGCUCAGGCCCACCCUCCUUUGGAUGACAGAGACCUUGAUCUAUUCAUGACAAAGCAGAGAGUGAAAUCACAUCUCAAGACAUCACCUCCAAAUCUCCCCAACUUGCCUUCACCACCAUCUCCAACGUACCUCGACGGCUCCGUCGUUCCCACCUCUGACGACGACGAUGAAUGGUUCCAACUAGACGCUCUUCUCCAGGGUUGGAUCCUCUCUACCAUCACCGACGAAGUUUCAGAUCUCGUCAUCUCCUCCACCACCGCAGCAGCUUCUCUCUGGAAGGUUAUUCACGAUCUCUUUCAUGACAACAAACAUGCUCGUGCCAUGCAACUUGAGCAUCAGUUUCGCACUACGGUCAAAGGAAACACCCCCAUGGCUACGUAUUGUCAAAAUCUCUACAACAUCGCCGAUUGGCUCGACGAUGUGGAUGCGCCGGUCUCUCAACACCAAUUAGUUCUCCAGAUGCUACGCGGCUUGCCGGAGGAUCUUCAGGCUCAAACCUCUUUUCUUCAGUUUCAAGAUCCGCUGCCUACGUUUCUUCAAGCCCGAUCGGCCCUUCUUGUAACGCCCCGAAAUCUGGCCCAAAAGAAUUAAUUAAAUUGUUAGAGCAAUUGAUUACAAAUUGGGCCCAAUAAGGGGUUAAAAUUAUAAUUUGGAUUUUAAGUCCAACUUUUAUGUCAUCUCGUAGGAAAUAUUUUUGUGAUCGCGUCGGUUCAGACGGCUCGCGAAUCGGAGUUAUGGAACUCAAGUUAUGACCAUUUAAUCAGGUAUUUUGGGUCCGAAGCCCAAUCCUUUUUGGAAUGGGACCAUUAAAUAAACCUAAACUAAUUUC